UUUCCUACGUGUGGCAGUCAGGCGGUGCAACUUAGCGCGGGUGUCGUCUGCUUUUUCUUUCAGACUUCUGCGUUGUUCACUUCAGCAGACAAUAAGGGGGAUCACUACCAUAUUACGAGUUACCGAACCUUAUAAAAUUAAUUAACACAAAAAAUAAGAAAACAAGUUUUUGUUCUUAUUCACGUCUUGGAUUACUGUAGCAAUGAGUGGUGAGGCUGGUCCAGCGGUGCCCAGUCCACGGAAAUGUUCUGGGGCAACUCUACUUCACCUAGAGCGCGUGUUGUGUCUGUGUCUGCUGUCAGGCUUGAUCUGUCAGGUCGGCGCUCAACGCCCGAGGAAAAAAGAAAACUGCGUUAAUCGCCACGACAACAACGAACAGUGUGAGCUCUGGGCCCGUCAAGGUCACUGUGACACGAACACCUGGAUGUUGAACAAAUGCACGCGUUCGUGUGGGCUCUGUUAUAAAGACCUGGACGCCAACGAGAGGUUCCGGCUCAUCCUGGACGAGUUCUACGACUACAAGUCUCGCGAGUUCCCGGAGUACGCGACCUUCGUUGGUUACCAUAACUACGACGACUCGCUGGAGUCCUUCAAGAUGGAGGCGUUUGACCGACGAAAGAACGAGACGGAGCGGUUUUUGAAAAAGUUGACCGACAUUGACACCGAGCAGUUGACCAGGGUCAACAAACGGGAGAUGAAGAUCAUCAAAUCGUGUCUGCAGACGUUCAUUGACGGCUACAAGUGGCGGGAGUACGGCGCGUUGAACUCGGUGAACUUUCUAGAAGGUCUGGCCAACGGGCCACAGUGGCCAGGCUAUACCAAGCUGGAGACGGUCCAGGACUUUGAGAGGUACCUCAAGCGUCUGGCGUCCAUGCCUGACCAGAUUGAGGAGCAGAUUAUGUUAAUGAAGCGAGCAAUCAAGCUCAAGAGAUCCAGUCACCUCGUCUCUAUAAACCGGGUCCCAGAUAUGAUGAGCAGCUGGAAUGUGGACCUCUAUUUCCUGAUGCCCUUCCAACGCAGCUUGAGCGUUGUUAACUUCCCGGAUACCACAAAGCUCCACAUGUGGGACAAGGCCGAGAGCCUGAUGCCUCGCGUCACCCAGGCAUUGAACAGGAUGAAACAGUUCAUGCACCACGACUACUCCGACUCCACAAGAGAAAGCCCGGGGGUGCACUCCCUCCCCCACGGGCUGCAGUACUACGAGGCCUGCCUAAAGUGGUACCUGGGCUACAACGCCACGGCCGCGGAGGUCUUUGACCUGGGGCUGAAGGAGGUCUCUAGAAUAAUGGAGAAGAUUAAAGAGGUGAUGAGAUCAGUCGGCUUUGAGGGGGAGCUCAAGUCUUUCUUCCGGCACAUUGAAUCUAUCCCACAGUUCUACAACCACACCAAAGAAGAAAUUCUACACAAGUACAGAUCUCUACUAGACGACCUCAUUAUUCCAAGACUCAGCACUUUGUUUAAGAACGUGACCAUAGCGCCCAUCAAGGUGAUCCCAGUGGAGCGGGACGGACCCUGGGGAUCCUACGGCUUAGGUCAGUUCUACGUCAACUUAAAGGAGCCGGAGAAAAGGUCAACGUUCACCAUGAUGCCCUUGACCCUGCACGAGGCAUACCCCGGCCACCACUUCCAAGAUUUGUACUCGCAGCUGUUUGAAAUUCCCGCCUACCGGGCCCAGCCAAUGAACGGCCGGCUCUACAGCGUGCCCUUCCACUUCCCCGUCUACACGGCCUACUCCGAGGGCUGGGCCCUGUACGCCGAGUUUCUGGGUCACGAACUUGACCUCUACAGAGAUCCGUACGAACUGUGA